GUGUGUGAGCAUGUGUGUGUCUGUGUUUGUGUGUGUGAGUGUGUGUGUGAGUGUGUGUGUGUGUGUGUGAGUGUGUGUGUGUGUGUGUGUGUGUGUGUGUGUGUGUGUGUGUGUGUGUGUGUGUGUGUGUGUGUGUGUGUGUGUGAGUAUGUGUGUGUGUGUGUGUGUGUGUGUGUGUGUGUGUGUGUGUGUGUGUGUGUGUGUGUGUGUGUGUGUGUGUGUGUGUGUGUGUGUGUCUGUCUGUGAGUAUGUGUGUGUUUGUGUGUGUGGUUGAGGGGGGGUUGGUUCGGUGACAUGGCUGGAUGAUUAAGACACGUGAGAUGCAGCCUCCGCACACGGAGCCAGAAAACGUGGGGAACAAACGCGCGUCCGAGCGCGUGCGUCAGAGAGAGAGCUCGAGAGCGGAGGAGAGAGAAUGUGGAGGAGGAGUGGGGGAUGGGGGGGCAUCCUCACGCCGUUUGGUUUAGCUCACGCACACUACGUAAGCGGAGCGCGUCACCCUGCAUCACUGUGUGUGUUUGCGCGUCCGCGUGCAGAUGCGGGCUGACCUCGACCGCCGGCAGAGAGCGCUAUGGUGAGCGCGUGGGAAACGGCGCAGAGGGCUCGAGCUGCGGAACGGAGCGGACCCGGGUUGCAGUGGUGACAGGCUCGGCGGUGUGUGUGCGCGUGAGUUUUGUGUCUGGCGGGAUAAGGUCGAGGGAGCUCGCGGACAUACUCAUCUCGUGCGGGGCAUUUGAUGUUGUUUUGAACUGUCUCUCAUUGGAUGACGUCAAACUAAUCAAAGAGCUGAACCCCGCAAGCCGGUGACUGAUCACGAGCCCCCGGAGCACCGCUGGGGAUGCAUGACGUCAUAGCCUCCCACCGUCGCCCCAGAUGACCGCGCGCAGGACGGGACGACGACUACGGUGAUGAUGAUGAGGAUGAUGAUGAUGAUGAUGCAGGGCCGUCGGACGACACCGGAUACGGUUUCCGUUGCUUCUUCUUCAUCAUCUGCUGCUGCGGCUGCCGCCCCCCUCGAGCGUCCGGCGGCGGGGUCUCGCGCGGAGGAGGAGGAAGGGGAGCCGCCGUCGUGCGGCCACGAGCUCUAGAUGGCUCCUCGCGUCCCGCUUGGGAAAGAGACACAGUCGCCGCGACCAGAGAGGUGUGAGGAGGAGGAGGAGGAGGAGGAGGAGGAGGAGGAGGAGGAGGAGGAGGAGGAAGAGGAGGAAGAGGAGGAGGAGGACGAAGAGGAGGAAGAGGAGGAGAGGAAGGGGAACAUAAGCGAGGAGGAAGAAGCGGCCAGCAGGAGGGCUGCAGGAAGAGGAGCAACAUGGCCGCGCAGUCGGACGGCGGGAAAACCGGGGUGACGUACGGCGGGUUCGCGCAGCUGUACGAGGGGCACGAGGAUGAUCCGCUGGACUCGGCCGCCAUCCACAUCUGCCAGUGCUGCCGCACGUCCUCGUGCUACUGGGGCUGCCGCUCCGCGUGCCUGGGCCACCUUGGGGGCGCGCACCCGCCCGGCGCAGUGGGCGUCCGCGAGACCCACUGCCCACCGCGCGAGCAGCUGUGGCUGGACUGCCUCUGGAUCGUUCUCGCGCUGCUCGUGUUCUUCUGGGACGUGGGCACGGACCUGUGCCUGGCGGCGGACUACUAUGGCCGGCGGGACUACCUGUGGUUCGGCCUGACGUUGUUUUUCGUGCUUGUGCCCUCGGUGCUCGUGCAGAUCCUGAGCUUCCGAUGGUUCGUGCAGGACUACACGGGGGGGGGGCUGGGGGUGGUGGAGGGGCUGACCCGGCGGGGCGCGGCGGGGCUGAGCGCCGUGGACCCCCCCGGGAGGGACCGGCUGCGGCUGGCCUCCGUCUGGCUGUGGCAGGCCGUCAUCCACAUCCUGCAGCUGGGACAGGUGUGGAGGUACAUACGGACUCUCUACCUGGGCAUCCAGUCGCGGCGGCAGCGCGAGCACCAGCGGCGCUGGUACUGGGCCAUGAUGUUUGAGUACGCCGACGUCAACAUGCUGCGGCUGCUGGAGACCUUCCUGGAGUCGGCACCCCAGCUGGUCCUCCAGCUGUGCAUCAUGAUCCAGGAGAACCGUGCAGAGAGACUGCAGUGCGUGUCAUCCCUGGCCUCGCUCCUCUCCCUGGCCUGGGUGUUGGCCUCCUACCACAAGCUGCUGCGGGACUCGCGGGACGACCAGCGCAGCAUGAGCUACCGCGGUGCGCUGCUGCACCUGCUGUGGCGUCUGCUGACCAUCUCGUCGCGGGUGUUAUCACUGGCGCUGUUCGCCUCGCUCUUCCACCUCUACUUCGGCAUCUUCGUGGUGCUGCACUGGUGCGCCAUGGCCUUCUGGGUAGUGCACGGAGGCACAGACUUCUGCAUGUCCAAGUGGGAGGAGGUGCUGUUCAACAUGGUGGUGGGCAUCGUGUACAUCUUCUGCUGGUUCAACGUGCAGGAGGGCCGCACACGCUACCGCAUGCUGGCCUACUACAGCGUGGUGCUGGCCGAGAACACCCUGCUCACAGGCCUCUGGUAUGCAUACCGGGACCCGGCUCUGACCGACUGGUAUGCGUCUGAGGCGCUGUGCGGCGUGUACCUGUGCUUCGCCGGCGGCGUCCUGGUCAUGCUGCUGUACUACGGCUUCCUCCACCCGGCCUCCGCCCACCUCUCGCCCAGCCCCGCCUCCUCCUGCUGCGCCCAGCUGCUGUGGGGGCUCCCGCUGCCCCCCUCAGCCCCUCCCUCCGCCCCACCCACCCCGGCACACCUGGCCCGCUCGCAGACGGAGGAGGACCUGGCCGACGACACCUGCCUGCCCGUGUUCCAGGUGCGCUCCUCGGCCUCGGCGGCGGCAGCGGCGGCGGCCAGGCUGGAGGGCCCGCUCAUCAAGAUCGACAUGCCCAGGAAGAGGUAUCCGGCCUGGGACGCGCACUACGUGGACCGCCGGCUGCGGCGCACCAUCAACAUCUUGCAGUACAUCACGCCGGCCGCCGUUGGAAUCCGCUACCGUGACGGCCCACUUCUCUACGAGCUGCUGCAGUACGAGUCCUCGCUCUGAGUUCCCGGGGCCGGGGGGUGGGGGGGGAUGCUCUACGAGCUGCUGUAGUACGAGUCCUUGCUCUGAGGGCCAGGGGCCGGGGGGGGGGGGGGUGCCCGCUGCUCUAUGAGCGGUUGCAGUACGAGUCCUCGCUCUAAGGGCCAGGGCCCGGGAACGGACGGACGCACGGACGGACGCAAAUAUGCAAGGACACAGAUGCGUCACGUCAGAGGGGAUGCAGUGUGUCCGGUGUGUGAGUGGGAGAGAGAGUGUGUGUGUGUGUGUGUGUGUGUGUGUGUGUGUGUGUGUGUGUGUGUGUGUGUGUUUAGAGAUCAAUGCGGGAAAGAGUUGCUGUUCACUCCCAAACUGUGUCAAAUAGAAAGCACAGGAACAGUGAUGGGACCCUGUCACAAGCAAACAGGCACACACAUACACACGCUGGUUUCCAGAAAUCCAGCGUUGACGUGAUGCUCCACAACAAUGUGUCACAUUCGGACAUGCAAACGCACAAAGACAUGGGCACAGACACACUCACAAACACACACAAACACCUGCUGUGAUCUCAGGCCUGUGAGUCUAAUACGAUGACUCAACAAGCUGCUUCGGUUUGAGCUCUGUCUCUUUCUACCUCUUUUCUUUGUUUCUCUACCUCUCUCUCUGUCUCAAUCCUUUCUGUUCUGUUCUCACUCUCACACUCUCUCUCUCUCUUUCCAUCUUUUUUGCUCCGUCUCUCUCUCUCUAUCUCUCUCUCUACCUCUCUCUCUCACCCCUACCUCUCCUUUGGCUCUUUUCAUUUCACUCUGUGUUCUGCUGUGAUAAAAAAAAUCUCUUCAAAACAACAACAACCAUAACAGCAACAACAACAGCAGUUGGCAAAAACAAACACAUACAGAGCUGAAGCACACGCGUGGCUACCUGCAUGCCUUCUUGGUGUCCCACGUCUUUAUACAAACCGGUCUGGAAGAAGCUGGAAGAGGCCGGUCUGGUCUAUUAUCAGUAGUGAACCCAGUGUUAGCUGAACAAGGGGCUGGAUAUAUUUUUAUGGAGAGAAGGCUUCUCAGCUGGUUUCUUUGUUUGGUUUUAUUCUUCCUCGGAGGUUCAUGGCUGGCAGUCCAGAGUCUCUCGGGAUAUGCCGGAAAACAUGCAUUGUCAACAAAUAUUUGAUUGAAGGUAUGUGUUGGUGUGUAUGUGUGUGUGUGUGUGUGUGGGGGGGGGGGGGAUAUUCAAGCACUGGAUACUUCGACAACUCUCAAGCACACAGUGGUUAAGGUUUAAUGUGGGUGCUUCUUCCCCUGUGGUGCUCUGUCUCUACAGUUAAUAUUAACAGUAUAUUAACUGUCUCACAUUGUUUAUAUAUAUAUAUAUAUAUAUAUACAUAUAUAUAUAUAUAUAUAUAUAUUCAUAUAACUGUGUCGUACAGGUCAUAUACAGUGAGGUGGUCUGUUAACAUCCUGUUACAGUGCGCUGUGCACUUUGUUGAACAUUUGAGUAAAAUCAGCUUCGGUCCUCAUGUACAUAAGUGAGUGUAAAACACUAAGCACAGCACAAUGAAUAUACAGGGCAUUUUGUGUUUUUCUGUGUGUGUGUGUGUGUGUGUGUGUGUGUAUGUGUGUGUGUGUGUGUGUGUGUGUGUGUGUGUGUGUGUGAGAGAGAGAGAGAGAGAGAGAGAGAGAGAGAGAGAGAGAGAGAGAGAGAGAGAGAGAGAGAGAGAGAGAGAGAGAGAGAGAGAGAGAGAGAGAGAGAGAGAGAGAGAGAGAGAGAGAGAGAGAGAGAGAGAGAGAGAGAGAGAGAGAGAGAGUGUGUGUGUGUGUGUGUGUGUGUGUGUGUGUGUGUGUGUGUGUGUGUGUGUGUGUGUGUGUGUGUGUGUGUGUGCACGUGCGCGUGCACGUGCUGUAGCUUCCAAUUAUCUUAUUUCCUUUCCGGGGGGGAUUGUGGGUGAUGAAGUCCCCACUCUCCCAACCCUUCACAUCACCCUUUUUGUUGCUUAAUUUCUAAUGCCUACAUGUCGUCAUGCCCGUGAUUCACCCCAGACGUGACGCUUGUUGCAUUCAUUAUGUUUGUUGUCCCCUGCAAGGCGAGCUGUUGCGGAGCUGGUCGGCAGGGGUCUCCCACCCUGUACCGUAGAGCCUAACAUCACAGGCGCUCUCAUCAUUGCGAUAACGAGGGAGCACGAGACCCGCUGGCAUGGCGGUUAGCCCGCUCACAUGACUCCUAGCCACGGGAACAACAACAACAACAACACGUUGCCUCUGUGAUGACGAGAGGUGUCAUGGCUUAUUAGGAACAACUGCUGUUGGCAGAGAGCGAUGACACAUACACAGGACACAUAGCCCAAAGACAACGAUAUGACAUCGGUUCACAUGUAAGAUCGUAUACAAACAUUCUAGUCGCAAGCUCCAACUCCUGGAGAUUUAAAGGGGUGUAUUUAAGCUAUUGUUGUUGACGUACACGUCUUAUUGGAUUUGAAACCACAGAAAAGUAUUGACAUCAAGAAAAUUCCAUAUUAUAGUAAGAAAAUAUAUUAUUUCAAUAAUAACCCAGCCCCCUAAAAUGCGAAAAACGCCUAGCAAGAGUAGUAAGCUUUGGUCGUGCUAUUUGUGUCUCACAUGCAUUUAUUCAGAUUGUUUUAUAUUUAAUUAUCGGUUUUGUAUUGUUCCAUGUUAUGUCAUGGUUUAAUUUCCUAACUUAAGCGAUGAGCAUUUCGAGGAGAUAGUAGAGCAAUCCCUUUGACGUGACAAAACGUUAAAAUCUUCAGCGGUGCCUCGAAGCUUGGAGCUAGGAGGGCUUUUCUGCGGUGCUACAACAUAACAUACGCAGGCUCCACUGUCCUGAACAUUGUCAGCUGACAAACUAAACAACUACAUUUGGCAAGCCACAGGUCCUCAUAUGAUAGCCAGUUGCUAACCGCCAACUAGCUUAGUUCCACUUUUUUCGAAUGGUGCAACUGUGACUCAUUUCUAUACGGUGCAAUAGAGGCAGGUCUUAUUGUCUCUCUCUUAGAGGUCUAGGGUGCAGUAACUCCAGCAGCCCUUCACAUCUCUGCCAAGGCUUUAGGCCCACCCCCUAGACCAAACACACAACUGCUCUUCCUGUCCUGCAGAAGCUAUGCAAGUCGCCGAAGCAGAGAGACACACACACACACACACAAACCCCAAGGACACACACUUACAAAUACACCAAUACAUACACACACAUACACACACAAAUGGGCAUGCACAGACAGAGCAGUACAAAGGUACACACUUCUGCACACACACACUGUUGCAAAUGUAACUACACAUACACUCAAACACGCAUGCAUACAAAUACUAAUAUAUUCACACACACCAUGACAAGGACAUAAAACACUCGAUAUAACACACUUGUGCAGACCCACACUUAUGCAAACUCACUUGUUCACACACACAUGUGCACAGACAAUUGUGCAAACACACACAUGCACAUACACACUUGUGCAGACGAACACUUGUGCCAACACACAUGUGCACACACACACUUGUGCAGGCACACACGUGCACACACAUACGUGCACAUAAACACAUGUGCAAACGAACACUUGUACACACACACACACGUGCACACAAACGGGCCCACACAAACAUACAGUCCUGGUUCGCCUCCACUCCCUGUUUGAUAUGGGAUCAAAGUUCACCUGGUGCUACUGAGGAAGGCCACGUACACUCACGUGCAUGUGUAUUUGCACAAGACACAAGUGACAGCCAAAAACUCCUUCACAUGUUUGUAACUCAAACAUACAAAAGAAACAUACAAAUAAUGUAAAUGUGUAGGAUUAUAGGGCGACGGACAAAUAACAACUUAUCCCUUUAGUGUGGGCUCUGGGCUGUGUAAAUACUGUGUUGUCAGUGCACACAACAUCACACACACUUAUUCUGGUUCAAGAGACACAGUGACACGGAUGGGAGGGAAUCCAUGAAACUUUAUCGUUGAUAAAUGCCACAGCUUCCGUCAUAAGGUGGGCAUGGGUGCAUGAGGCCCAUCUGAGACAGGCUUUUGUUUGAUGGUUUUUCAUACUUUGUGUUUAGAUUUUGUUUUACUAUUUACCGUUAUUUUUGGGGUAGGGUUUUGGUUCACCCACAGUUGAAUAGAGUUGAAUAUCUGUCUAAUGUAUGAAUUUACAAAAAGUAUUGACAAAAAAAAAAGAACAGCCUAGCACAUGAAGAACUUGGAGAACUUGACAUGAUUGAGGUCAGAUCUAAAGAGUAUUGUCCGUUAUUCUU